CUGACGGCUCGACCAAUGGCAGCGGCGCCCGCCCUGGCGGCAGCCAAUGGGCAGCGGCGGCUGUGGGCGGGUCCGGCCAUGGCGGCGGCGGGCGGUGAGGGCGGCGCGGAGGUGGCGGAGGAUGGCGGUGCCGGCCCGGCCCUGUCGGCAGCCCCGGGUCGCUCGCAGGUGUUCAGCACCGUGGUGGACACAUUCCUGGAGAAGCUGGUGGCCGCCGGGAGCUACCAGAGAUUUGUCAACUGCUACCGCUGCUUCUACAAGCUGCAGCCCCAGCUGACUCGGAGCAUUUACGAUCAGUUCAUCUCCCAGCUACAGGCAUCCAUCAAGGAGGAGAUCCAGGAGGUGAAAAAUGAGGGUAAUCUUGAGACACUCUUUAGUUCACUGGAUAAGAUUGUGGAGGAGGCCAAGGACCGAGAAGAGCCAGCGUGGAGACCCAGUGGCAUCCCAGAGGAGGAUGUUCGCAGCACCCUGGUGCCAUACCUGCUGAAACACCGCUCCUACCUGCGCCAGCUGCUCAGGGACAAGGAGGAGGAGAACAGGAAGGUGGCUGAGUCCGUGCUGAUGGGGAGGGAAAGRAUUGCAGAGCUGCAGCAGCUGAUCCAGGCUCGCCAGCAGGCAUGGCAGGCAAUCAGUAAAGAGCAACAAGAACUCAUCAUGACGUUCAAGGAGCCCCAGUGAGGCUGCAGGAUCCCACAGGCUCUGCAGGGGCAGCUCAUCAUCCCAAAGCACCCAUGGGAAAGGGUGUGCACAGAACCCAAUCUGAGAACCACCCAUCAGGCCACUGGAGACUACAGAGGGACUGGAAUGGCUGCUGGACCGGAACAGUUUGAUCAGAUUUGGUAAAGAAACAAAAAAAGCCAUUGGAAUCUUCGGAAAUAGAUGGCAAUUCCCUGUUUCCUGCUCAGCUGGAUAUAGAGAGUCCCAAAGUAGGUCUGUGCACUCAUCUGCUCCCUUAGUGCUGUGACAGGUCUGAUUCCAGUUUCCAAAGCCACAUUUGGGGCUUUGUAGCUAUUUUAGCUGUGUGUUAGACAAAAUUCAGUGCCUUAAGCCCCAAGCCAGGCUGUGCCUGGGCCCGAGGAGUCUGCGAGCAGCUGAGGGCAGGUCUCAGCUGACACUGCCCAUGCUUGCAGAUUCAUUCAAUCUGUGUGUUCUCAAACCCCUUCCUAUUGCAGAUGUGCUACACGAAGUUCCUCGUUACCAUUCUUUCUGUUUUCCAAAUGAUUUUCCUGCCCUGCUCCCCUCCUGGCAACCUGAGGGAUCCAGGGAUCUUUUCAGAGGUUGAAGCAGCCCUGCCUUGAUUUCGUGGGCUUGUGGCACAGGAUUUUAAUGUUUUCCUGUGGAAUCUCUGGAGCCAGACUGGUUUUCCCCACCCAGAGUCGUCUGUUACCACGUCAUCACAAGUUUGUGAGCCAGGGAAACAAAGGCUGACGGGAUCUCCCUGGCAGAGCCCCACCAGAGCCUCCAGCAUGAACAGGUUGUUCUCAGGGCUGGGCAGGGAAUGAGGAGAGUCCCCCCACACCUGAUGAGGACUGAGAGGGCUUCUGAGGGCAGCAGAUUUCCUGCUCUGCACCCCAGGGAAAGGCUGUGCCCUGUGACAAACGGGAGCACCACGCCCCAACCUCUGUUUGCAAUUAGAGCCCGCGGCAGCGACAGUUUCCCCUCUGCCUCCCCUGGCUGCUCUGCAAUCUCAAUAAAUUGGAGCUGUUGUUCCCAGCUUGGCUCCCACCACGCACUUGGCCAGCGUACUCUGUGUUUUAUGGGUUUGUUUGACAAAAGCUCUGGUUCAGCAUUUCUGUCCUMCUCCGCCCCAAAGCCUCCAGUUCCGCUUGUCAAGACGGUGCUGGGGUUUAUAGGACCUGAAAGUGGUCAGGAUCCUAAAGAGGAAUGUCACUCAGGGACUCCUACUGCCUGGAGCCCUCCUGGRGUUAAAUAGGAGCAAACUGGGUGUGGGUGAGUGCCUGAGCACUGCUGGGGUCUGGAGGAGAGGAGGAUGUGAAAGGAUGGAUGAACAAGARGUUCUGCUGUGCUGGCAGCCCCACUCCCCUGCACAGGGCUGA